CCGUCGUGGGGUGUGGACGUGUAUUAGUAUCGUGUUGAAAUUGAAACCGCGCGUUCGUUAGUGCAUUAUUUGUGAUUAAACAAUUUUUGUUCGUGAUAACAAAAAAGUUUUCUUACUUAAAGUGCUAUGAAAGGAUAUUGAAGUUGGAUUUCGUUGGUGGCGGAACUAGCAUCAAUGGCCUGAAACGAUGUUUAGAACGGCGUCAGUCGAGGGCUCCGGGCCCAGGACGCCGCCGGCCUACGCCCCUCACCCCCCGCAACUGGCACACCCGCCGCACCCCCCGUACCCGCCGCGCUUCUACCCGCCCCGGGUCCGACCUCCGCCACCGCAAUACUGCUUCGACGCAGCGCGCUUCGCCUGCGAUGCCUCCAAGCCUAGAUACUUGGACGUCGAAAGGGAACGCCUGGUUACCAGAUGGCUUGCGGAAGCGAACGAGGCGUUAGUCCGGAGAGACCGGCCUCCAAGGUACAAGCCUAGAAGUAGCGAGAGAAGACCGGAUUAUUUAGAGAGAAGACCGAACUCGGAAUGGUCGGAUAACUUUCUCCUUGGUCGGAGAAACGGUUCUAUAGAGUUGGAGGAUGAGACUAGUGAUGUGAUGUCGUUGAAAGAUUUUGUGGAUAAGUUCUCGUUGCCUCGUGUGGUGAAGAUUGAGGGUGAGGAACGGCCGGUGCUGCUGUACCGAGUGCUGGAAGCUCACAGGAGAGUGGAGGCAGUACCACUCUCGGGGAAGAAGGGCAAGCUGGUCGGGAAACCGCUGUACAUUCCGGACUCUUAUGACGGUUGGUUCUCGGCGUGCGGCUGCCGCGGCGGGGCACUAGCGACGGCACGGGGCUCCGUGGCGGCCCUGCUGCGCUCGCAGGCCUUCGCCCUCGUAUCCCCGCGUGCCAUCUCUGCGUAUAGAGCGAGGCCUAGCUCAGAGAAUGGACGGGUUGGCGCCCAAUACGAGCGGGCAGCGGCGCGUCCUGGCACGCCGUUGCGCCUGGCGGGUGUCUUUGCCGACGGGAGCAAAGCCAAGGCACCCAAGUACGCGCAGCUCAUCGAUCCCCAGGGAAAUGUAAGUGUUCCAUACAUUAACUAGCGAUAAAGCGGUUUUUUAUUUUGUUUUCUUUGGC